AUGUUCAAGACCAGCUACCUGCGUGAGGUGCGCAAGGAGAAAUACGAGCGCUCCGAUGUUUUCGAGGAGCCCAGCAGCCCUGAGAGCGAGUCAGCUCCGGCUGCAGGGCCCUCAGUUCCCGGCUGGGAGAGCCUGCAGGAGCUGAACAGCAGAUUUGCGCGCUACAUCAACCGGGCGCGUGUGCUGGAGCAGCGCAAUGCCGUGUUUCGCAAGCAGCUGGAGACCCUGCAGUACAUGGAGGAGGCGUCGGGACUGGAGGAGGCCUUCAGCGAGCAGAUCAGCAUCAACAGGCAGAGGAUCCGGGAGCUGCUGUCGGACCGAGCCAAGCUGGAAAGAGAGCUGAAAGAUGCCGAGCGCAUGCUGGACGAGUAUAACAGCAGAUACAGAAAUGAAUGUGAAUAUCAGGAGCAGCUGCGGCAGACCCUGGAACAGCUCAAUAAGGAAGCCGACACGGUGCUUCUGAGAAACCUGGAGUAUCAGAUCCAACUGCAGUUUCUGCAAGAUGACGUAAACGCCACCAAGGAGAGACACAAAAAGAAUCUGGCGGAGAUACAGACCUAUCUGAACAUCCUGCAGCAGAUCAACCAGACCAUCCCUCUGAUGACCAGCGUCUCCGUGCCUGAGGAUCAGGAGCGUCUAAUUGCACAGCGAAGGGUCCCAGCCCUCAGAAGUCAGCUGGAGGAGUACAAGAGCGCCAUCUGCCAGCUGCAGACGCAGAAACACCGGCUGCAGACCGAGACCUCUGCAUUGGAACAGACCAUCAAGACCACACAGGAGAGCUACGACGAUGAGAUCCAGCUUUACAACGAGCAGAUCGAGACUCUGAGGAAGGAGACUGAAGAGGCAGAGAAAUCACUGGAGAAGUACACCAAUAAGUGCCGUCAGCUGGCCGUUUACCAGAGCUCUCUGGAGAAUGAGCUGGACAGAUACAAGAGGAUCAUCGAGAACGAGGACAACAGACUGAAUUCAGCAAUAAUCGGGACACCCAUUACUCUGCUCACCAGCAGUUAUAAAUACACCCAUUGUCCGAGCAUGACACGGACUGGAAAAGAUAUCACCCAAGUCAUUCAGGACAUCACCAACGUGAAGCCCCGUCAGAAGUACUUUGCUAAGAAAGUGCUUAAAAAGAAAGAGAUCACGUCUCGAGGAGCGAGCGGCGGGCUGGAGGAGAAACCAGCAGAAGAGCUUGAGGAGGAGGAGAAAGGGCUGACAAUGGAGGAUCAACAGCAGGAGGCGCCAAAACAGGAGCGUCCGGAUGUCCCAGACGGAGCACAGAUCAGCAAAGCAUUCGACACGCUCUGCAACAUCAUCCGGGACCGCAUGCGGCGCGUCAGGAGGCCAGAACCCAUCGCUGAUUUCUUCACCAAGGGACGAUACGUGCUGGUGACCGGAGACUCCAGCUAUCUCGACCCGUGCUUUUUCUCCACCACUCCAUCAGCUAGUCAUGUAUUCGUCACUAUUAGGGAUGACAUGAUGCCUUACGAUUCCUAUUGGAGAGGCACACCCACUCCUAGCCCCCUACCGGGACCUCCAGCACCACCUUCAGAUCCUGGAAAAGAUGAUGAGGGAGGCGGAAAAUCCAAAAAAGGAGAUCCUCAUCCAAAGAGGAAGGAACCAGAACCAGGUCCUUCUCCUAGGCAACCUUCACCCCAUCGUGGAGGAAAAAAUAAGGAUCCUAGUGAACCUCCACCCAUGCCAUCCUACAGCUCCAUCCCACCCGAUUCUAUGAGUUAUGAGAAGGUGGAGGUGGUGGAGUCGGUGGAGAAGCUCUCGCCUGAUAAGAAAGUCAAAGGCUAUGAGGAGACCACUACGGUGGUGGAGACCAUGAUCGAGAAAACCAGCAGAAAGAAGCACGGCGAUCGCUCAACUUGAGCUCAAUGCGAUCCUGCUUUACUUUCCAGAUUACUCACAGUUGAAGGCUGAAUUAUUAGCCCUCCUGUAUAUUUUU